UCUAACCGCUCAGCCAAACUGGCCAGGGCUCAAUCACUUCACUUUUUUACCCAGUCUCCCAGGUUGCUGUUAGUUUUGUCUGAGGAGGUCAGGUUAUCUGAGGUGGACUCUGAAGGAUGAACAGGAGCUUGCCAGCUACAGAAGAAGGACAUGUGCACUCAGGGCAGUGCCGAGAAUGCUGGGAGAGGGUUGUCUCGCUGGAAAAGGGGUGUCUCCAGGCUGCCUGGGACAUCUGUGAGCCGGAUCCAGUGGGGCCCCAGCUGCUGUGCCAUGGAUCCCAAGGUCAGCAACGGCUCAGGCCUGCAGGACGAGUACAUCGCCAACUUGCUGGUGUUCGGCUUCCUCCAAAACUGCUCCAGCUGCGGUUUCCGCAGAGACCUGCAGGCGCUGGGCUGUGACCUGCGCGCGCGGCGGGGACACGAGGACGAGCUGCAGACGGACGAGCUGCAGACGGACGGCAGCCGGCACAGCCGCUUGCUCCCCGAGGGCUCGGAGACAGAUUCUGAGAGUCAAGAGGAAGCCAUCCGGAGCAUCGCCAGGCAGCUGGCCCUGAUCGGGGACAGGAUGGACCACAGCAUCCCCCCGACCCUGGUGCAGCAGCUGGUGGUGCAGUUUAUGAACAGGAACCUGUCCGAGGAGGACCGGAGGGAGCACCUUGCCGCUGCCCUGCAGCAGGUCAUGCAGACCUAUCCUAGGGACGUGGAGGAGGAGAAGAUCAUGCUGACCUUGACCAUGCUGUUGGCCAAAAAAGUGGCCGAUCACACACCGUCCUUGCUCCGUGAUGUCUUUCGCACAACAGUGAAUUUCAUCAACCAGAACCUACUCACCUGUGUGAGGAACUUGGUCAGAAAUGAGGUGGACUGAGUGGAUGGACGCCGCCGGUGAACACUGGCUCCGCCGGCCGGCUGCCCGGCGCCCACGGGCCGCCACCGCGG